UUUCAUGCGUUUGUUUUCUAUUUUCACCAAACAUUUACUUGAAAUUAUGGGGAAAAUUUGUAUUUCUUCUCACUUACACAUUUUUAUUGGACUCUAACCUAACUUAAUAAUAAUGAUAAUAACCUGUGAGUGUUUAACGAGCUUUAUUGAUCCAAGGCACGUAUUUUACAUUAGAAAAAUCUCACGUCACAGCGUCAUACACAAAAAGUGGAUAGACAGGUUAAUUAAGAACUUUCUGCCAUCCAGUAAAAGAGCAAUUCAUCAAUUCUGCCUGUCACUGUACGUCACUAGCAUAGCUUGAGAAACAAACACACUUCAUUUGUAGUUAAUACAUAAUUUUCAGACGAAUUAGGUAUAUAUUUCAUGAAACAUAAAAUAUAAAAGUUAUGUAACAUGAAAGAAAAUACAAACAAAUCUAUCAUAAAACACAAAUAAAGAGAGGGGUGGAAAGCCACACAAAAAUAUAUAAUGUUUAUGAACCAUCAGCUAUGUAGUAUAAAAAAGCAAUUUUUUUGACACGCUAAAAUUGUGUAUGCAGCAUUUCCCAUGCUUGCAGCUGGUGUCAGAGCCAAUGAGCAGUCCACUAAUACACCGCGUUAAUAGGAUUGAGGCUCGUCUAAUGAAGCUGCAUUCACAUAUCCAGUCACAGUCAGGUGUUAUAGCCUGAGGGACAGCAUGAAGGACUCGCAGCACCAUGCAGCCAUCAAAACAAAGCUAUGGCCCAAGCAGAAAGCGAAUAAAAACCGCAAAGAUGAAUCCCCGAAGGUGGAGAAGACACCCAAGCCGUCAACUUCGAUCGCCCAGGCUGCCGCUUCUGCCGCUGUGCCCCCACAGCUGAGCGAGGCCGAGCGGAUGCAUCUGACACCCUUCGAGAGGGUGGUCUACGACAUGGCCCACAGCGAGAGGAUUGUCAACGACCUCAUCCUCGGCCGCAGGGUCGGAUUUUACGAGCUGCGCGGGGAGAUCGGCCAGGGCAACUUCUCAUCAGUCAGACUGGGCAUCCACGCUUUGACCAAAGAGAGAGUGGCCGUCAAGAUCAUGGAAAAGCGGCGUAAGGCGGAAAAGGUCGCCCGCUCUUGGAGCUCCUCAGAGAUCCGCUGCAUGGAAAAGCUGUGCCACCCGAACGUGGUGCGUCUGUACGAGGUGAUGGAGACGAACAGGAAGGUGUACCUAGUGAUGGAGUACGGCAGCGGCGGCGACCUGUUCUCUCGCAUCACCACCAGUGGGAAGCUCAAUGAUCUGGAGGCCAAGCUGAUCUUUACGCAAGUCGUCUCCGCUGUGAAACACAUGCAUGAGAACAACAUCGUCCACAGGGACCUUAAGGCUGAGAACAUCUUCUACACCACCAGCUACUGCAUCAAGGUGGGUGACUUCGGCUUCAGCAGCGAGAGCGCACCCAACGAGCCCCUCACCAAUUUCUGCGGGUCCCCUCCGUACGCCGCACCUGAACUCUUUCGGGAAAAAGGCUACAUGGGCUGCUAUUCGGACAUUUGGGCUUUAGGUAUUGUUCUGUACUUCAUGGUGACCGCCACGUUGCCUUUCUACGGGGACAAUUUGAGCAGGCUGAAGCGUUGCAUCCUUCAAGGGGCCUACAGCAUCCCCGUCUACGUGCCUGACAAGUGUCAACUCGUCAUCAAGGGCUUGUUGCGACCCGUACCGGUUGACCGCUCAUCUCUCACCCAAGUUUCAGACAGCGCUUGGUUGAGGGGGAUGCGGUACCCUGGUCCGUAUUCGCCCCUGCCCUUGACCCCGGCCCACUUGGCCCAGGCCACCAAUGCUCUUUGCGAAGAGGAGAAAGAGGUGAAGACUCUACUGUCAGACCUGGGCAUCAUAGCGGUUCACUUGCAAAACAAUCCCUGUUCGGACUCCAAGAGCCCGCUGACUGGGACCUACCGCAUCCUCCUCCACAGGGUCCAGAAACGGCGGUCCGUGGAGGCCGUCGACUACGUGGCGGUUCGCCCCGAUGAGUACAAGAGUCAGGUCAAGUGGUGUGUCGCAUCUGUGGACAAGCAGAACCCCUCUGCAGUGUGUGUUGUACUCUAAUAAAGUGGGACCUUGACUAUACGAGUACCCCAACAACAGUUUUUCAAGUUGUUGUUUUUUUUUAAAAAAAGCUUUUCCAUUUAUUGUGCAGGCAUUUUGCCAAAUUUCUCUUUUCUAACCAUGGGUUCUAAGAAAGUGAGUGCUGAGAAGAAAAGCCUACGAUGUCUUUUGAAUAAAAGCUUGAAAAUAACAUGAGCAAGGUGUGCGUGUAGUCGAUUUGGUGAAUCAGUAUGAGCGUAGUACUUCUACAAUAUUUUAAACAAGGGUGUCAAACAAAUUUUUGUCACAGGUCACAUUGGAGUUGUCAUUUCCCUCAGAGGGCUGUUAUGGCUAAAAUCAUAUGAAUAAACAAUCACUUUAUCAUUUUAUUAUAUACACACAACAAAUUGAUGGGUAGUUUAAUUUACUUUCAAAAAGGGUUCGGUAAAAAGAAAUGCUAGCAAUAUCUCGAAAACUUUCAUUCCAGCCAUGGACAUUAAAAUGCUGCUUUUACUAUGCGGACCUCUCCAGGAAAAUAUUGAGCUGCUGAAAGUGAGGAAAAUGUGGCGAAAAAGGCGGGUAAAAAAACUGACGAUUAUAUUCUGUGAAUGGGAAGUGGAAUUUUUUUGUAUCUAUUUAGGAAACACUUAAUUUAUUUACAUUAUUUACUAUCUCAUUACUGUAUUUUUAUUCUGUAAAAUACAGUGCUGUUUUUCUUCAUAAAAAACAUGUUACAAAAUUGGUGGGUAUUUUUAGGGGGCUCCAAUGGAAUAAUGGCUUUUCCAUUUAUUUCAAUUGGGAAAUUUGAUUUGAGAGUUAUUUGAGUUUCGACCAUGGUCACGGAAUGGCUGAAACCUUUUUUUUUUUUUUUGCACUUUAUUGAAGACAGACGAAGUUUCCUCGCUGAUUCACCUCAAAUUGUGCAAUACUGAAUUGGAAGAGGCAGACGGGUAGGAGGGUUCAGAGAGUUUUUUUAUCCCAGACAUUUCUCCCAAGUAAAGAGGUGUGACUCGCUGUGCCAGCAUUAGUCAGUAUUUAGCAUACUGAUGCAAAGCAGUCAUCUGUAUCUUCCAAUCCUUUUUAGGCACAGUAUAAAUCUGCACUGUUAAUCCGAGGCAACAGUUAUUCCCAGCAUGGGGGGUCUGGGUGGUGGUUACUGGGAAUAUACUCAAACGAUCAGUAAUGAAAGCUGAGAUUGUAAAAAUACAGUGGAUGUAAAAUUGGAAUGAAGUGUGGAGUCAAAGCGGGACCACCAAUACUGGCGUGCAAAAACAUUGGGACCACGUGCACAAAUUAUGCCUUUACAAAGAUAAUAAUGCACAGUUUGGAGACAUAGGUUUUUUUUAAUUAUUUUAUUCUGUGAUAUAUCUCUAUCCAGUCUUUCUCCUGUUCAGAGAUUCCUAUGUGAUUUCAGGUGAAAGGCAAACUACGCUGGACUGGUCACAGGGACAGCUAAUAGAGACGAUUUGCUCCUGUCACAAUAGAAAAAAUAAAUUUACUAGAAAUUAUUCGCAGUCAAAAGGUCCAUGGUCAUCCACUGGCACGUGCGUCUGAAAUGCAUUGUCAUAUAAUUAAAGUGAUUGCGCCUCUACCCAGUUUAGGGUUAAGCACCACUUUGCGGAGAGGAAAUAACCAACUCGAAAUGUACCUGGACGUGUCAUAUAAUUAUGCCAAUUAUUCACAAAAACCGCCAUUGUGCACAAUAGAAAUAAACCAAAUUAUGAGAAAUAAUCCAUGGAAUCUCGCUUCAAACGGCCUCGUGUGAAUCCGCCCUCAUUGUUUCACUGUUUAAUGUCUGUGUUUAUUGUUCAUUUAUGCAGUAUGCUCAUCUUUUCAUUUUAAGGCAAUGCAAUCAUAUAAUUUUCUUAAAAGCAUCAACUUCACGCAAAUGUUUACUGUCAUAAUGGUUUUAAGACAAAAAAAAAAUGAAUGAAUGAAAAUGGAAGAAUUGUGUUUUUGUUCUUCAUCCUUCAUACGUCAAGAGAUUGUCAGUGACGUGCAGAUUCCCAAGAAUGUGUGCGGGCAGUAAAACUAAAUAAAAAUGCCGACUAUAAUAAAAUUGUAGAUCUUGUAGUAGUAAAAGCUACAGCACAAGCGCGGCAUAUACAAUGAACUAUGUUACGUAUGCUUUGUCUGGCGUUGCAAGUAACAUUUCCUGUGGGAAGUUCAAGCCCUCAAAGUUUAAAUUGUGAAAACCUCAGAUUAGAAUUUUUAGGAGUCUUAGCGUGUCCAAUUUAUAGUAUUUCAUGAUAAUCUUUCAAAGCCUGCUCUCUUUGGCAGUCUUUUCACCGUCACCUCGCAAUGCCUUGCCAGGGCUGCCAAUGUCUGAUCAGCAGCAAUAAUGAUGAUAAGCUUUUUGCACUCUUUUUUUUCUUUCUUUCGUUUUCAUUCCCCAAGUGAACCCUGGUCCCAGAGGAAUGUGCGCACCGUGUGUGGGCAAAAAAAGUCCCGGCUUGUUGUUUACUCGGGGAUCUUGCUCAAUACUCAUGUGGUGAAAGUCCUUGUUAUUAUUUCCUCUUGUGGUAUGACAACUUGUCGCCCUCAAAAUGAUGUUCAUUCGAAACAUACGUAAGCAAUGACUUUCAAAGGUUCAAUAAAGACUGAUGAAAUGCUGUUAUUUCCUGGAAAUUCUAAAUGACCAAUUUUCUCAAAUAACAUAUAAUACUUAUUUACACUAUAAGUCAUAAGGUUGGAUUCACAUUCUCAUGCUACGAAUGUGAAGGUGAGCCCAAAAUUUUCACUGACUUUAAUUAAUAAGUGUCUCAAUUAUUGGUAGGUGGAUCGUCUGUUUAACACAUUAAUUUGACCACCUGUCAUAAAAACGAGAAGAGACCAUCCAGCGUCAUGAAGUACUUUAAUGCAGUCUCUUUCAAUUUUGAGUGCCCUCGACCUUUUACCGUUUUGAACAGAAAUGGGGGAUUUUGAACUGAAUUUAGUUUUACACCCAAAUUUGAGCUCACUGGGUUGUCUAUGAAGUCAAAAAGGAAUCAGUGAUAUUAAUCAACCACUGAAAACUAUUUCUUUAAUCAAUAAAUAGAUAAUAAUUAUAUUUUAGCCUUAAAUUUUCAGUAAAUAGUUUCUACAGUGGCUAUAAAAAGUCUGCACACCCCUGAUCAAAUGCUAGGUUUGAGACCAAGAUAAAUCAUUUCAAAACAACUGAACAACUCAAUUGGAAAAAAAAAUAAUAAUAAGAAUUUGGAGUUGGGAAGUAAAAAUAAAUAACUGCGAUAAUGUGGUUUCAUAAGUGUGCAUAGCCUCUUACAGUAUAUGUGUGUGUGUACUGUGGAUGUGGCUGUGUUCAGAAUUAACCAAUCACAUUCAAACAUGCCACCAUUUAAAACAUUGGUGGGCAAACGACGGCCCGCGGGCCACAUCCGGCCCGUUGAUUUUUUCAAUCCGGCCCACCAAAGAUUGGUACAGAAUCACCCAAAUCAUAUCAAAAUCAUGACUACAUUAAUUUGACCUUGUGCUGUAAUGCCGAGUGGUUCUACCAGGUUGUGCUGUAAUGCCCAGUGGUUCCACCAGGUUGAUGAUGCACUGGCAAAAAAGGUGCCAACAAAACAACACUGUUCCCGUUAAAGGUAACUCUUAAGUAUUAACACUACAAUGCCAUUUUUAUUUUUGUAUUUUUUUAAUAUGCAAAUUACAAAAUGCAUCUGGUCCUGGUUUGGCCUGCCUGUCAAAUUUUAAAAGUCAAUGUGGCCCCUGAGCCAAAACGUUUGCCCACCCCUAAUUUAAAGUGUCUCUGGUGAACCCCAAAUAAAUUUCAGCUGUUCUAGUUGGGCUUUCCUGACAUUUUUUUAUUUUAGCAGAAACCUGAAGGUUUUGCACUAAAAUUGACUGCUAUUUUGAACUUUUCCUAAUUCCCUCCACCUUGAAUAAGGCUCCAGUUCCAGCUGAAGAAAAACAAGCCCAACCAAAGCAUGAUGCUGCCAUGCUUCGCUGUAGGAAUGAUUUUCUUUUGGUGAUGAGCAGCGUUGUGUUUGCACCAAACAUAUGUUUUGGAACUUUGGCCAAAAAGUUCAACCCUAGUUUCAUUGAGCCAUCACACAUUUUGCAUGUGUUGAUGCAAAAAUUUGAAAGUUGAGUACAUACCCAUGAAUCUACACUGGAUCUUUGACUUUUAGUUAAAAAAACCAAAAGCCAUACACCAUGAAGAUGAACUGUUCAUAUCUUAACUUGUGGGAUGCUGAGAGCAAAAGUCCUCAUCUGGUUUUAUAUGUAAUCUCUGUACGACCAAGAAAUCCUUUCGCUUCCCAAAACCCGACGUGUUUGCGUAGGCGCCAUUGCGUUUUAUGGAUAAUAUCCUGUCAAACUAAGCCAGAAUACUGGAUGUAAUCAGAUGUCGCUCAUCUCAGCCAAACACACUCGCUAAUGCGAGCGUGUUUGGAUUGAGGCAACCACAAGAUGCUUGAAGCUACUUUUGUAUGUGUGACGUGAGCCAAGUAUUUUUCAAGGGAGAUACGUGUCAAUGAAUAGAUUGCGAUUGCUGCAAGAUCUUGCAUGACUGUGACAUAAUCAGCUACAUUGUCAGGCAUCAAGCUUUCCCAAUCCAAGUGCGGUGUUAGGUAUCAAAGGAGCCUUAUCGUGGAAACAUUCACUUAUUAAGCCACAUCUGGGGGGCAUCUGAGGCCACUCUGGCUUUCUCUUUCGCACCUUAUGGAGUUUCACUAUUGUUCUCAUACCGAUGAUGUGUACCAAAAGUGGAACUGUAUUCAUAAUUAUAGCUUUUGUUUCUGCUAUGUCUGGUGAGAUAAAGCAGAGAGGUAUUCAUUUACCAAUGUUUAUUAUCUGUAGUUGUAUUUUAGCAGUGUAUAAUAUGGUAACGAAAAUAUAAGAAACAGCUGUCUGUAUGAUGCAAUGGAGUUCUACAGCACUGCAAACUACAGCUAAUCAGCAAAGAAAGUAUCCAUUCAUUCAUAUUUUUAGAGCUCUAUACUGUUUAGGGUCACGGGGACCUGGAGCCUAUCCUAGUUGACUUUGGGUGAAAACCAGACUACACCAUGGACUGGUCGCCAGUCAAUCACAGGGCAUAUGGUUAAAACGGCCAGUCUCAUUUUUCCUCAUCAUCCAAUAAUAGAAAUGCAAAAGUCAUUUUGGACACUACAGUGGUGCCUUAAGAUACGAAUGGCCAGACUUUGGAGGUUUUUUGACAUACGAGCCCUUAUUCAUCUGUUUUUUUGCUUUGACUUGCGAGAACUCAGCUCACAUCAUGUGUUGUGUAUAUUUAAAACAACCAUAUAACUUUGCUUUAAAGUCCGCUAGCUCAAUGCUAACACAUAUUGAGAAAUAUCAUAGGCAUGUCAACAAAUAACAUCUGUCCUGCAGUGAUAUACCCCCUUUAUUCUCUGCGAAGAGUGACUAAUAUUGCGAAGAGUGACUAAUAUUGCUGCGGCUUAGUGAGGAGCUGAGACCGUCUCUGUAUAUCCAUAUGUCUAUAUUUUCUUAUUAAAACACAUUACAAACAUUUCUUGGGAAGGCUGGAACAGAUGGAUUAUUUUCCAUUCAUUUAAAUAGGGAAAAAUGAUUUGAGAUACGGCGACAUGAUGACGACUGGUUAGCACAUCUGGCUCACAGUUCUGAGUACUGGGGUUCAAAUCCCAGCCCCGCCUGUGCUGAGUUUGCAUGGUCUCCCCGCGCCUGCGUGGGUUUUCCCCAGGCACUCCGGUAUCCUCCCACAUCCCAAAAACAUGCAUGGUGGGUUGAUUGGAGACUCAAAAUUUCCCGUAGGUGUGAAUGUGAGUUCGAAUGGUUGGUUGUUUCUAUGUGCCCUGUGAUAACCUGGCGACCAGUUCAGGGUGUACCCCGCCUCCUGCUUGCAGUUAGCUGGGAUAGGCUCCAGCACGCCCGCGACACUAGUGAGGAUAAGCGGUACAGAAAAUGGAUGGAUGGAUUUGAGAUAUGAGAGUUUUGAGUUACGGGCAUGGUCACGAAACCAAUUUAACCCAUAUCUCAAGAAACCACUGUAUAAUAAAAAAUUGCUGGUGCGUAUCAUCCUGGUCUACCAGCAUCCUCUGAUGAGGACUGCAGUCAUGUUUUUAUUGUCUUUUGUGAGCAAGGCCACCCUGUGUCAAGGCCAGUGCAAUUUCUCCUUUCCUGAUCCUGCCGAACAGCAGCCUACUAUUGCUCAAGUCAUUUCUCUCCUGUUUCCCCUCUAGAAUUAAUGAAUCUUGUGAGUACAAUGAAGAUCACGUCGAGUCCAUUUGAUAUCCUGCCUACAAUUGCUGAAACAUGUUUGUUCAUUUUUUGCUGUUGUUCAACUGCUUCUCAAAAAAAUCCAAUGUUGACCGCUGUGCUCUUAGCGAUCUGUCCAUUUUUUAUCCUUUGUGUCAAAAAAUAGAGAAAAAAAGUUGUCGCAAGCCAGGGUGGUACAGUGGACAAGUGGUUAGAACAUCCACCUUACAGUUCUGACGUUGAGGGUUUCAAUCCAGGCUCUGUGUGGAGUUGGCUUGUUCUCCCCGCAGUUGUGUGGGUUUUCUCCAGGCAAUCCGGCUUCCUCCCACAUUUCAAAAACACGUUUAUUGAAGACAGUAAAUUGUCCUUAGGUGUGAAUGGUUGUAUGUGCCCUGCGAUUAUCUGGCGACCAUUCCAGGGUGUACCCCACCUCUCACUCAAAGUCUGCUGGGAAUAAGCUCCAGCUCACCUGCAACCCUAGUGAGGAUAAGAGGUUUAGAAAAAGGAUGAAUGGAUGGAUGGCUGUUGCAAACUAGUUAGUCACCAUUUUGAACCAAUGUGAUAUUUUUGAUACAUUUCACUCUGGUUGCUGACAUUCUGAUGGUCUUUUGAUGCCAACAAUAAACAAUCUGAGCGAAUGGGUAGGUAUCUCGGGGACUGCCCUUGUUUUUAUGCUUUCUAUCAACUACGUCUUUAUCUGAGAUUGUUGGCCCCUUGAGUCUUUCCUGUGGUGUUCCUCAAGGGUCAGUCUUAUAGCCCAUCCUUUUGCACUCUAAAUGCUUCCUCUUAGAGAUGUCAGCAAAUUUGAAGGUAGCUUAUCUCAUGCCCUCCAGAUUUGUUUUCUUUUCAUCCUUAUAGUGCAGAUGAGACAAGCGCAAUGCAUAAUUGCUUUACAGCAAUCAAUGGCUUUAUGACUUAUAACUCGCGUCAGUGAACCGCACUGAAAACCAAAGUAUUAGUUGUUGCCCUCGACAGGUUGGCUCCUGAAAUUAGCACUUGUGUUGGGUAACUUUCCAAAAAUGUGCUCCCUAGCUUGAGAAACCUGGGGGUCAUGUGCAAUCAAACUAACUGUAGCGCUUGCCUUUUCCACCUCAAAAAAUAGUUCUGAACUUAGGUUAUGUCAUUCGUCGCAUCACAUCUUGACUAUUGCAAUCACUGUAUCUCUUCACCUGUCUCAGCAAAACUUCAUUAGAAUGGCUCCAAUUGACCCGCAAUGCCGCCGCUAGGCUUUUGUCUUGAUCCUUUUCAGCCACAUCACUCCCAUUUUAUCAAUCUUUCAGUGUCUCCCUGUUCAUUUUAAGAUUCAGUAUAAAAUUUAGACCGUCAUUUACAGAGUCCUCAAUGGUCAGGCUCCUCCAUACUUGGUAGAUCUGGUGUCAUGUUAGAGUCACUGAGGUAAGUUUCUCCUACCCACUUUCAAGCAUGUGAAAGUGUAUCUGCUUUGACUGGUUUAUUUUAAGAUACCCUUUCUGUUGUUGUUUUUUUAUUUGUUAUUUUAUUGUUGUUUUUUAUUGCUUACAUGUUCAAAAUAAAGAUAAUCAAUCAAU